UAAAAAGCCUGUUUAUAGACUCUCAGAAUUUCAGCUUAAUUUGUGAAUAAAUGUAUUUACACAUUCGGCUGGAUCACCCCCCUCUCCCCUUAAGCGAAAUCUCCUAAACCAACAAAACCACCAGUGUACGUAAUUUAAAAAAUAUUUUUUACAGGACAGGGGGGAGCUGUAGAUCAGGGGUUAUUAACUAUGUGGAGGUAAUGUUUUGAAAUAGAGAUGGGAGAGAGGAGAGGCUGCAGCAUUUCAUAAAUUUUAAGAACUCCUGCCUUAGAUUUUAAAAAUAUUUUUAAAAAGCAGGUUUAGAGAGUUACAGCACUUUGUCUGUACUAUAAGGAGCCUUAUGUAAUCAGUUAUUAUUUUAAAUUUGUACAAAGCAAUGCCAUUCAAUAAUAAAUUUUGUUUCUUCUUAUUUUAGCUGAAGGUGAAUGGCUGAAAUAACUGAGCCUCCAAAAGCGGAAACAGCAGAAAAUGCAGUCAUUCAAGAUCAACCCGCCAAAGGUUUUUUAAAAAAUUAAGACUAAAACAAAUUUAUUGAUAGCAACAAUGUUUCAAAAUGUUAUCAUUAUAUGUCAGGUUUUUCAUCAGCAGCUAUACAAAAACAAUUUUGGCCUGUAAAGUUUUAUUUAAAAUAUAUUAUAUACCAAAAAAACAACUUAAUUGUACAUUUAUUAAAUGUGAAACAAAACAUUGCUUUAAUUAGUAUUUUAAGCAACUGUAAGUGCCUGAUGAUUGAAAUUUUCUUUUUGUAACUUCCAGUUAAAGUAAACAUAUUUGAUCAUUUUGUGAUUUACACAUUCAACGAGAGAUUUUCUAAAGGAAGAUGUCAAGCACUGAUUUCAUCAGCAGAAGGGUAAGCUUAUAUCCUUGUCCAUCUUUAGAAAUGGGAUGUGAUUUGUUUUAUUCAGCAAUGGAUAUAAAAAGAUACCUAAGAAACGUAUAGAUUCAAAUUAUAAAUUUAUACAGUGCACUUGAAUUUGUUUAGAAAUUACCGCCCCCUCCCUUUUGGCACCUUGGGGAGUUGUCUUGAUGUAAAGAGCAUGAUGAUACAGAAUAAAAUCAAAUUUUUUAAAAUUCAUAUAAUAUAAUUUUCUUUUUUGUUCUGAUGAAGGCAUUUGCCAAAACAUCUUCAUUAGCAUUCUGUAUGAUCAUUAUAAAAGAUGAACACACAAAUCGUGUGUAACUAAUUUAUUUAUGAUGCUUAAUUCACCGAUUUGUCAUGACCGGUACUUGAAAAAAAUAGUCUGUGUUGUUAUUUUUAUUGAUAUUGCAUAAUUUAUAUUAUGAUUUUGUCAUACGACUGUAAAAUUUUGCAUGUAAUAAUAUCAUUUAAGGUCCAAUAAUGAAGAAAGGGUCAUUUUUGAAGUAAGCAUGGAUCAAAAAAUUGUAGCAAGACAUGAGUCAAAACCUUUUUCUAAAGGAGAAAUAACAAAGGUAUGUGUGUUAAAUAAAUUAAAUAUUAAUUACAUAAAUUACAAAAAAAAAAAAAAAAAAAAAAAAAAAAAAAAAAAAAAAAAAAAAAAAAAAAAAAAAAAAAAAAAAUAAAAAAAAAAAAAAAAAAAAAAAAAAAAAAAAAAAAAAAAAAAAUUAAAGAAAAAAAAGAAUAAAAACUUUUUUAAAAGAAAAAAAAAAAAAAGUAUUUUUUUUAAAAAAAAUAAAAAAUAAAUAAAAAAAAUAAAAAAAAAAAAAAAAAAAAAAAAAAAAAAGUCACAAAUCACAAACAUCAGUCAUGGCUAGACUCAUGUUUAUCCAAACGAUUCAGUUCUAAAUUUAAAUCAAUUUAAUAAAAUUGUUUUCAGUGGCAAAUGUAUUGAAAAGAAAAUGACAGUAGCACUCUAAUGGGUAAGCAAACUUGAAACAUACUUAAAAGACAAAACUUGAAGCGUAUCAAUUUAUUUAUAAAAGUAAGGCUCCACUUAUAUCAUAAAAUUGAAUGAUUCUUAAAUCCUGCUUAAGCUCCUUGAAUCGCCUGAAUCUAGUUAAAACUUCAAAAUCAUGAGAAAGUUUAUCUAACUUAAAACACUGAACUUGUAACAUAUUGCAUUAUGCUAUACUGAUAUGUCCAUACCAUUACCUAACAAGACAAAUAUUUGACAGAAAUAAUGUGUGAAACAAACUGUUACAAUUUAUGAUUUGAUUUUUGUAUUGUUUAGCGCACAUUGUUUGAAAUAGAUCACAGAAAGUGAUGGGGACCAUGUGACAGUGACUCUUUCAUAAUUAUUCACGCUUGGGUUUGUCUCUUCAAAUGAUUUUUUUUAAAGCUGUCUUUUAAAGUGUAAACUUAUGGCAAAGAAUAAUUCUGAAUUUAACAUGCGCCAACGUUUCUCUAACUCAUGCCUGCACAACUCAAAAUGUAAGCCGGGCCGUAAUAUUUUAUGAAAAACUUGUGCGGGCCAAAAGAUAAUAGGACAAGGGGGAAAGCUAUGAAGAAAAUAAUAAUAAAAAAGAAUAUUUUGUUACUUCGCGGGCCGCAAAGUGGAUGCUGGCUGGCUGUACGUUAUGCAGGCCCGCUCAAACUCUCAACUCAUAUUUACUACUCCUCUUCAUCAGCACAAUAUUCUUUUUUAACGAUGGAAAAGAAAUAUCAAGUGAAUUUAUUGUUUCAUUUGUAAAUGCUGGUGUCACAUAACAUAAUACGUGGGAGAUUUUAAGUAUCAUAGUUAAUUUAGUAUGGCAUUUCUCUCAUGUCAAUAAUGGAGCAACUUGUAAGAAAUUGUAAAGCUAUUCGAUUUUUUUUCUUUCACAGAAAUCAGAAGAAAGAAAAGGAUCAAAUGCUUAUAAAGUGGCAUUUAAAUGUAAACAUGGCAUUAAACUUAUAAACUAUUUUGAUAUGUUUCAUCUUAAAUAAUGAGGAUUGCACACAUCAGGGGAGAAGAUCUCAUUGCCUUCUCUAAGCUAUUUAAUAUACUCAAGUGUAAUUUUUAAAUCUAAAUCUUAUUUGCACCAGAUCAAACGUUCAGUCAAUCUGUUGUCAUGCACACCUACACACUAGAAAGAUUAGGUUAUUAAAAUGGCAGAUGUAUUCUUUCAAGAGCAAAUGUUGAACCAAAUGUUGGUUCCUAUUUCUCUACUGAGGAUUAUUGGAGGAAUGAGAAUGAAGAUGCCACCAUUUGAUUGUAAAUUAAUAAUGGACUCUCUAGGAUUUGUGAAAAUAAGUUCUAAAAUUAUUCCAGUUUCUGGCAAUUAACUUUUAAAGUGUAAUAUUCCUUAUUUGUAUAUAUAAGUUAAGGUCACUACCUGUUUUAAAGUUAGUAUCAACAAGUACAUUUGCCAGCACAAUUUUUGUAAAAAACUUUGAAAAAUUUUAUUUUAUUUUUUUGGCUAAAAUUUUUUUUUAUUUUCUUAGUCAUCAAAUUUUCCUAACGUCAAGAGUAAGCUCCCUAUUUUUUUAAUAUUUGUAGCAGUGUUCUGAAAAUAUUUUUUUAACAGCAAGAAAAUGAAUUAUUUAUCUAAAAUGGUGUACCUGCGAUUGGCACUUAAAGUAAAAGGAAAAAAACAAUUUUAAAAUGUUCUUUUAAUGGAAAACAAGCUUUUAACACAGUUUCUUAAAAAAUUAAAUAUACUGUACAGGUCUUACAAAAUAGUAUUCUUUUUUUAACAAAAUCGUUUGAAAUUUUGAUACCUUUAAGCUAUUUUUCAAAUUCUGAUAAGCCAAUAAUGUUGUAAUGCCAUAUAAUGAGUUUUACACACAUAAUGUUCUAAAUUCUUUUAAGUUUCUGGUAUCUUAUAAAAAAAAUUCAUGGCUAUCAAUAUAUUCUUACAUAUUCAAAGUCAGGUACUUUCAUGCUUUUAUAUUUAGCUUCAAGUGCAAUAAAUCAGUACAAAAUCUUGAGACUCAUGGAGGCUAUAUUUAUCAUUGUUUUUUUAUAUUUUAUAUAAAGUUAUUUAUUUAUUGUAAUUUUUGUAAGUAAAUGUAUACACCCCAUGCGCAAAACACAAAUUUGUUUUAUCAGUUAUGUAUUUUGUUUUUUUCCCCAAAAAAAACCUGGAGUGCAACAUAGACACACAGGUUAAUAUUUUUGUUCAUUAACUUUAACGAGCCCAGCCAAUAUAAUUUUUGUUUGUCUAUUUUGCUUUAAUUAAACAAAAAAAAGCUGCUUUUGGCAUUUUAUUCCAAUUCUGCAUUUAAAUGUUUAUCAAUAAUUUUCAUUUAUUGUUCGUAUUAAGGUGUAGCAACACUUAAAGAAUUAGUCAUUUUUUUGGUCAGUUUUAAUAAUGAUAGUGAUACACUACAGAAGUUAAGUCCUAAUUAAAUCAAUCAAUAUUACAUCUAUCAAUCAAUAUUACCAAUAGUUUAAAUUUCUUGCUUCUCAGUGUUUGCAAUGUUUAAACAAUCAUACAUCUAAUGUCAUUCCACUGGGACAACUUUUUAUCUGCUCUUGCUUCAGGCAUUCUGAAAUGCAUAUCUCGUACUUCUAUAUGUGUUUUAGUUUAUUGUUUAAAUCUGUCGUUCUUCUAUUUUGUUCAUUUUAUGAGCAUUACAAUUUUUUUAUUUAAACUGAAAUCUUUUAUGUAAUUCACUUUUUGGAUCAAGUAUUCAAAGCAUGCGCAUUGUUUGAAUUUAGGUAUUAAAAUUUUUUUUUGCAGAAACUGAAGUGCUGUCUUGUUUUUAGUUCAAAUCUAUUUAAUAAAUUCAGUGAUGUUCAGAGAGCCAUAAUUAGUGUAUGACAAGAAUGUAUCAUUAGAAUAUGAAAGGAGAAAAUUGGGAAAUACCCAAAAUAUCUAAGUGUGCACAUGCCAAAAUUGUGGAUCUCAACAAAGCAUUCAAUUUAUAAAAUCUCUUUUAAAAAUUAAAAUAAAUAAGUAGUAACAAAAAAAAAACAAUUCACAAGUCUGGCUGCGGUUACAAGAAAGACAAAAGGGGUAGAAUCCCCCAAAGAAGAUCUAGGAGAGAAUCCCUGCAGGCAUGAUUUCAUCAACCUAUUCCGCCUUGAUAUCAUCUGCGCACCUGGUCUAAAUGGCAGUGAUGAGAAAUAAGCGAGGUGGAUCACUGUGUAAUGCUUGUUUGAAUCAGUUCUCCAUAACUAUCCACAGUACUGCCUGUUUCAAAGUGGGGUAUUUACUCUGAAUUUUGGAGAAAGACUUUUGGCUAGCACUAGCUCUUCCGCACGUUUGGUUAAUUAACAUUUCUCCACUCGUCUAUACAAUUGGUCUAGAAACAGUUUUCCAACUUUUCCUCACAAAUUAUCAAGAAACUGAUGUCCCGCUUUUCAAUAAAAUUUUAUGAUUACACACCAGGGUACCUUUCAAAAUACCCCAGGUGAUAAAAUCCACCUUGGAUUGCAACGUUUGCCCGUCCUCUGUCACCUCCUUCAUGCAAGGCACUUUGCCGCCAAACUCUUGCGGAAGGUCGCAGAUGAUUGAGGUCAUGACGACCUUCUUGUCAGACUUUCUGCGGAUGUACACGGGAGCCGCUUCCUGGGGCAUGGACAUGCGGGUGAUGACUUUGAAUUUUUUAUAAAAGGCUUUCUCCUCCAGGCAGAUGCUGGCCGUGCAGUGGCUGUGGGGUCCGACGACGAUGUCACUGGUCGCUUCUGUCAGGAUUGUCUCCUCGAAGGUCUGGCCAUCAGUUUUGGUCACCUGAAAA